AUGGUAAAUGGUUUGGACAAAUAGCCAUCUCUCAAAUUCAGUUACAACAUGUCUUGUUCAAUGAUGCACCAUUAUAUAUUGGGGACGAUCUCGAAUCUGAUGGAUUUACUGGAAAAAUUAGACAACAAGUAAGGAUGGAAUUUUUGGGUAAAGAUUUAACGAGCAUAAAUGAUGAUUGUCCAACAGAUUUUGAUUAUCCAACGGAUUUUGAAUGUGUGUGUCCAGAAAUUAAAAGAAUUUUAGUCGGAACAAACAUCGGAUCAUUUUUAUCCGGCAUGUUAUUUUUAGCAGGAGGUUUUUAUCUACAUAAAAGGUUAUUGCGCUUGCGAAACCGGAAAUUAUUUGAUGAUCAUGGACCAAAUAAUCAAGUAGUCUUUAAGUUCAGUUAUUAA